AUGUGCACCAUCACGAAACACAUCUCGCUGGAAGACCUUGCGGUCAUCUCCGAGCGGUCCAAUGUAUCCGGCGAGACGCCGGUCUUGAAGGCAGUCGCAGAGGCGCAAGCAAAAGACUACAGCGCAAUUUGCUGCCCGCUCACCACAGAAAAGUGGAAGACACGAUGGCAGGAGAUGUGCCUCUUGCCCGCGGACGGCAUAGAGGACAAAAAUGCCCUCGAGCGGCGUGCGGAAGAGUGGAGGUCGAAGCGGGUAUACCUGCACGAUGAAGUUACCCUCACUCGCCUCGAUGAGGCAGAGAGGGUCAUUGUAAUGGUGUCGGAUUGGCUAGAGCUCGAUGCCACGGAUGAUUGGGUCCGGCAUGAUGCUGAGAUGGCCUUACAACAAGAGCUUGCCUAUGCCUCCUAUCUGAACGUGCAUACUGCCAUUCUCCCACCGCCACGGAACAGGUCGAAUAUCGCAUCGUACGCACGGACUGUGAACGCUUGCCUCACCAUGGUACCCUACAUGGUGCUCUCCGUGCGUAUACCGAUAUAUGAGCCGUCCAUGCUGCACCUCUCGCCUAUGUCCCCGGGUGCGAAGCCAGCCGCAUCGGUAUCCUCUCCCUCCGUGCUCUUCUUCGACGAGCCCUCGGUAGCCACUUGGGAGAUGUGGGAUGCGAUUCGGACUGUAUGCGAAUAUAACCCCAGGCUGACGUUGACACUUGACAUGACGCCCCCUAUGCCAUCUGUCCUCAGCGUACUCAGUCAGUGGUCGGCGGAGCCCGUACGCCACCUUUUUCUACCUGCAUCUACGUUCAUAGCAAACGCAAAGGGCUACCCAGUGCUCCCAAAAGUAACGCAAUCCUUCAUCCGGGACAUCAUGAAGCUGCAUCCCAAUGUGAUCCUUUCCGGUACAUCAGCUGGACGGCAUAAAACUGGUGGGGAGGCGGUCUAUUCGCAGUAUGUACGGCAUUUGGAGAAGACAAGCCCGUCAGUGAAGGCAGCAAGAACUGCGGGGACCGUUGAGCAUUUUGCUCAAGGUUAUCAGGACUAUCUGCAAGCACCUUUGCAGCCAUUGAUGGACAACCUGCAGAGCGUCACGUAUCAGACAUUUGAGCAAGACCCGGUGAAGUAUCACCAGUACGAGGAGGCGGUCUUUCUAGCGCUGAUGGACCGGCCGAAAGGCGAAAAGACUAUCAUCUGCGUCGCAGGCGCAGGUCGUGGACCUCUCGUCGCAAGAUGUCUGAAUGCCAUGCAGCGAGCCAACCGGAGUGCAUCUAUAUAUGCGGUUGAGAAGAACCCGAAUGCAUACGUCACCUUGCAGCAGCGACAGCAGAAUGAGUGGGGAGACAAGGUGAAGCUAUUAUUCGGAGACAUGCGCACACUGCAGGUCCCGGAAAAAGUAGAUAUAUUGGUCAGCGAGUUGUUGGGCUCGUUUGGGGAUAAUGAGCUUAGCCCUGAAUGCUUGGAUGGCGCCAUGCGCUUCUUGAAAGAGGAAGGAAUCUCAAUACCGGCGUCAUACACCGCGCAUAUAGCCCCUUUGUCAUCGUCAAAACUACUCAAUGAAACCCGCGUUACUAAGGAGGAGAAGGCCGCGGAAACGCCUUAUGUUGUGAUGUUCCAAGCCAUCAACAUCCUCAGCGGCGACGGCGGAGGGCUAAGUGGAAACUGCGGGCCAAAAGUGCAGGAGUGCUGGGAGUUUGAGCAUCCUAGGAGAGACGCGGUCUUAAAUGAGCAAGGUUUGCCUCCGACAAACAGUCAUAAUGCCAGGUCAAUACAACUUGCGUUCCACAUACCACAUGCUGGUGCUCUGCAUGGCCUGGCUGGCUACUUUGAGGCUGUUCUGUAUCGUAACGUCGGCUUAAGCAUCCAUCCAGAUCGGAUGGACCGCAUAUCAAAAGACAUGCUCAGUUGGUUCCCUCUGUUUUUCCCAUUCAAGGAACCGUUGUACCUUCCGAGCAACUCUGAACUGCAUGUCUCGCUCUGGCGCCUGACCGACCAACGCAAGGUCUGGUACGAGUGGUACGCAGAGGCGUUUCUCCCGGUUCCAGGCGCGACGUCCGUGCGUCCGACAUUCACAGAGGAGGACCGAAGGUUGUCAAACCUGUCCAUCAGUUCGACACCAUCACUGUCUUCCAGUCCGCUCAUUGAUGCGGUGGACGUGUCGCGCCUUGAAGAAGGUUCGGAGAUCCUUGGCGAGGGUGGAGCGGGAGAGAAGGCGCAAAUUGGGCUGAUCAAGAUUGGACAGACGAGCUUGCAUAAUCCUCGAGGUCGAAGUAGUUGGAUUGGUCUCUAA